AAUAAAGUGACAGUUGCAAUUUCAUGGCGAGAAUUUUAAAUAAAUGAUUUGUUUUGUGGUGAUGAUGAUAACGGGGUCAUUGCAGUGGGUGUCGUUAUGUCAUGGUAAUUAUUAUUGACAGUUUGACGGAGAGAACAAUUGACUAUUUUUUGAGAGAUGAAUUCAGCGGAUUGAGGACUAUUCGAAGUUGUUUGUUUAGUUGAGGAUUCACAUUCUGUUGCUGUUGCAUAUUUCUCUCGAUUUCGUGUCGCGAAAAUCUGACCUUCGAGCUGUGAAGGUUAUCUGACUGAUAAUAGUGUUUAGGUACGACAUUUUGGGAUUAAAGUGGCAGAUGAAUAGAGUUAUUGGGACUUGAAGGAGUUAGAAUCAUGGCAACAAAGGGAACAGACGUUUUUGAUGCCACAGAACAUCCGCACGUGAGGUACAACCCUUUGAGAGGAGAAUGGGUUUUGGUUUCUCCACACAGAAUGAAAAGACCUUGGUCUGGCCAAAUCGAGCCCUCAACUGACGAGGAGUUACCAGAGUAUGAUCCACAGAAUCCCUUGUGUCCUGGAAACCCUCGGGCUAAUGGAAAGGUAACAGCGAAGUACGAUAAAACUUAUUCAUUCGUCAAUGAUUUUCCUGCACUCCUGGAGGAUAUUCCUCGAAUAGAAAAAUCCGACGAUGAAUUGUUUAAAAUUGAGCCAGUGGGGGGUACUUGUAAAGUUUUAUGCUUUCAUCCGAAGUCGAACGUAACGCUAGCUCUCAUGAAGAUUGAAGAAAUAGUGGAAGUCAUUAAACAGUGGAUAAACGAAAUGAUAGAACUGGGAAAAACGUGGACGUGGGUGCAAAUUUUUGAAAACAGAGGUACAAUAAUGGGCUGCAGUAAUCCCCAUCCUCACUGUCAGAUCUGGGCGAGUUCCUUCAUGCCAUCUGAGCCAGACAGGAAGGAUAAGAAUCUACGAGAAUAUUUUUCUAAACACAAAAGACCUCUCUUGAUUGAUUACGUCACGAGAGAAUUGGAGAAGAAGGAACGAAUUGUAAUUGAAAACAGAGACUGGGUCGUCCUAGUGCCCUUCUGGGCAGUCUGGCCCUACGAGACGAUGCUCCUUCCCAAGACUCAAAUCUCUCGGAUACAGGAUCUCACUGAAUCCCAACGGGAGUCUUUGGCAGUGAUAAUGAAGAGAUUAUGCAUAAAAUACGACAAUCUCUUCCUCUGCUCAUUCCCCUACUCGAUGGGCUGGCAUGGGGCCCCCACUGGCACUCGUAUCAACGAUGACAGAAGCCACUGGACAUUCCAUGGAAUGUACCUGCCGCCUCUCCUACGAUCGGCUACGAUAAAGAAGCACAUGGUGGGGUAUGAAUUAUUAGCCCAGUCCCAGCGAGAUUUGACCGCAGAACAAGCUGCUGAGAAACUUCGGAAUCUUCCUGAUGCUCAUUAUCGACAUCCCGAGACCAGUCUAACUUCCGAGGAGUUGAAUAAAUAUAAUUGAAUGGAUAUUCAGUGUCGAGUGAUUGACUUGAUUAUAUUAUAUUAAAUUAAUUCAUCUUUUUUUACAAAUAAUAAUUCAUGAAUUACUUUCAAUGAAUUAUCAUUCAGAUGUAAAUGCCUAUUCAUCAGGUAACUAUGAGUGACUAGUCAUAGAAUAGAAAAAAUAUUUAGAAA